UCCGCUCCCCCGCCGGCCGCCUCUUGACAAGCGAGAGGGAUCCGCUGUGGACCCGGGGAAGCGGAGGAGCCUGGUGGCGGCCGUCCCCUCUUCCCCACUUCCCUGCACUCUCAUCGCUGGGCCUCGGCCUCUGACACGAGAAAGAGAUGCUGGUUGCAAGUUUUGGAGAUUCCUGUUUUUUAUGGAACACAGUUCUGUAAAAUAUUCAUAGGAUUCCUUGGUAAUAACAUACACUUGUGAUGGACCUUAGAAAUACUGCUAUGUUAGGAUUGGGUUCUGAUUCCGAAGGAUUUUCAAGAAAGAGUCCCUCUGCCAUCAAUGCUGGAACAUUGGUCAGCAAUAGAGAAGUAGAGCUAGAAAACAACGCAAAGGAGGAAGAGGGCCUUCGCAAAUGGAAUCGGGAAAGAAACAUUGAAUUAGGGAAAGAUGAUGAUUUGACCGAUGCACAGCAACAGUUUUCAGUGAAAGAAACAAACUUUUCAGAGGGAAAUUUAAAAUUGAAAAUUGGCCUUCAGGCUAAGAGAACUAAAAAACCUCCAAAGAACUUGGAGAACUAUGUAUGUCGACCUGCCAUAAAAACAACUAUCAAGCACCCAAGGAAAGCACUUAAAAGUGGGAAGAUGACAGAUGAAAAGAAUGAACACUGUCCUUCAAAACGAGACCUUUCAAAGUUGUACAAGAAAUCAGGUGAUGUUUCAGCCAUUCAAUGCCAUUCUGAAGAAAGUAUCCAUCUUCAUUCACAGGGAGAAAACAAUUCUUUGUCUAAGAAGCUUUCUCCAAUACACUCAGAAAUGACAGAUUACAUUAAUGCAACAUCAUCUACUGUUGUUGGUAGUCGGGAUCCUGAUUUAAAGAACAAAACAUUACUUAAUGGAGGAACAACUGUAACAGAAAAGUUGGCACACCUUAUUGCAACUUGUCCCCCCUCCAAGUCUUCCAAGACAAAAUCGAAAAAGUUAGGAACUGGUACUACUAUUUCAGGAUUGGUUAGCAAGGAUUUGAUCAGGAAAGCAGGUGUUGGUUCUGUAGCUGGAAUAAUACAUAAGGACUUAAUAAAAAAACCAGUGAUCAGCACAGCAGUUGGAUUGGUAACUAAAGAUCCUGGGAAAAAGCCAGUGUUUAAUGCAACAGUAGGAUUGGUCAAUAAGGACUCUGUGAAAAAACUAGGAAAUGGCACUACAGCGGUAUUCAUUAAUAAAGACUUAGGCAAAAAGCCAGGGACUAUCACUACAGUAGGACUGCUGAGCAAGGAUUCAGGAAAGAAGCUAGGAAUUGGUAUUGUUCCAGGUUUAGUGAAUAAGGAAUCUGGAAAGAAGUUAGGAUUUGGCACUGUAGUUGGACUGGUUAAUAAAGACCUGGGAAAGAAAUUGGGUUCUACUGUUGGCCUUGUGACCAAGGACUGUGCAAAGAAGAUUGUAGCAAAUUCAACAAUGGGAUUAGUUAAUAAGGACAUUGGAAAGAAACUAGUGAGUUGUCCUAUGGCAGGACUGGUCAGUAAAGAUGCCCUAAACCUUAAAGCUGAAGCACUGCUCUCCACUCAAGAAUCAUUUAAGGCUUCUUGUACAAACAUCAAGAGUCAUGAAAGUCAGGAACUUUCUGAAUCCUUGAAAGACAGUGCCAGCAGCAAAACUUUUGAGAAGAGUGUUAUACGACAGAGUAAAGAAAGCAUAUUGGAAAAGUUCUCAGUUCGAAAAGAAAUCAUUAAUUUGGAGAAAGAAAUGUUUAAUGAAGGAACAUGCAUUCAGCAAGAUAGUUUCUCAUCCAGUGAAAGGGGGUCAUAUGAAACCUCAAAGCAUGAAAAGCAACCUCCCGUAUAUUGCACUUCUCCAGACUUUCAAAUGGGAGGUGCUUCUGAUGCAUCUACAGCUAAAUCCCCUUUUAGUGCAGUAGGAGAAAGCACUCUCCCCUCCCCAUCACCUACUGUAUCUGUUAAUCCUUUAACCAGAAGUCCCCCUGAAACUUCACUACACUUGGCUCCUAAUUCAUUACUUCUAAGUCCUACCACAGAACUAAUGGAAGAAAUUUCUGAAUCUGGUGGAAAGAACCAAUUUACUUCUGAAAGUGCCCACUUGAACAUUGGUCACAGGUCUGUGGGUCAUAGUAUGAAUAUUGAAUGUAAAGGGAUUGAUAAAGAGCUAAAUGAUUCAAAAACUACACAUCUAGAUAUUCCAAGAAUAAGCUCUUCUUUAGGAAAAAAGCCAAGUUUGACUUCUGAAUCCAGUAUUCAUACAAUUACCCCUUCAGUUGUUAACUUCACUAGUUUAUUUAGUAACAACCCUUUUCUAAAGCUUGGUGCAGUAACUGCCUCUGACAAACACUGCCAAGUUGCUGAGAGCCUAAGCACUAGUUUGCAGUCAAAACCAUUAAAAAAAAGGAAAGGAAGAAAAGCUCGAUGGACUAAAGUGGUGGCAAGAAGCACAUGCCGGUCUCCAAAAGGGCUAGAAUUAGAAAGAUCAGAGCUUUUUAAAAAUGUUUCAUGUAGCUCACUAUCAAAUAGUAAUUCUGAGCCAGCCAAGUUUAUGAAAAACAUUGGACCAUCUUCAUUUGUAGAUCAUGAUUUCCUUAAACGCCGAUUGCCAAAGUUGAGCAAAUCUACAACUCCAUCUCUUGCUCUCUUAACUGACAGUGAAAAACCAUCUCAUAAGUCUUUUGCUACUCACAAACUGUCCUCCAGUAUGUGUGUCUCUAGUGACCUUUUGUCUGAUAUUUAUAAGCCCAAAAGAGGAAGACCUAAAUCUAAAGAGAUGCCUCAACUGGAAGGUCCACCUAAGAGGACUUUAAAAAUUCCUGCCUCUAAAGUUUUUUCUUUGCAGUCUAAGGAAGAACAAGAACCCCCAAUUUUGCAACCAGAAAUUGAAAUUCCUUCCUUCAAACAAAGUCUGUCUGUGUCUCCUUUCCCAAAAAAGAGAGGCAGACCUAAGAGGCAAAUGAGGUCACCAGUCAAGAUGAAGCCACCUGUACUAUCAGUGGCUCCAUUUGUUGCCACCGAAAGUCCAAGCAAGCUAGAAUGUGAAAGUGACAACCAUAGAAGUAGUAGUGAUUUCUUUGAGAGUGAGGAUCAACUUCCAGAUCCAGAUGACCUAGAUGACAGUCACAGGCCAACUGUCUGUAGUAUGAAUGACCUUGAGAUGGAACCAGAUAAAAAAAUCAAGAGAAACAAUGGACAAUUGAUGAAAACAAUUAUCCGCAAAAUAAAUAAAAUGAAGACUUUAAAGAGAAAGAAACUGUUGAAUCAGAUUCUUUCAAGCUCUGUAGAAUCAAGUAAUAAAGGGAAAGUGCAAUCCAAACUCCAUAAUACAGUGUCAAGUCUUGCUGCUACAUUUGGCUCUAAAUUGGGCCAACAGAUAAAUGUCAGCAAGAAAGGAACCAUUUACAUAGGAAAGAGGAGGGGUCGAAAACCAAAAACUGUCUUAAAUGGCAUUCUUUCUGGUAGCCCUACUAGCCUUGCUGUUCUUGAGCAAACAGCUCAGCAGGCAGCUGGAUCAGCAUUAGGACAGAUCCUUCCCCCUUUACUGCCUUCAUCUGCUAGUAGUUCUGAGAUUCUUCCAUCACCUAUUUGUUCUCAGUCUUCUGGGACUAGUGGAGGUCAGAGCCCUGUAAGUAGUGAUGCAGGCUUUGUUGAACCCAGUUCAGUGCCAUAUUUGCAUUUACACUCCAGACAGGGAAGUAUGAUUCAGACUCUUGCAAUGAAGAAAGCCUCAAAGGGGAGGAGGCGAUUAUCUCCUCCUACUUUGUUGCCCAAUUCUCCUUCACAUUUGAGUGAACUCACAUCUCUGAAAGAAGCUACUCCUUCUCCCAUUAGUGAGUCUCAUAGUGAUGAGACCAUUCCCAGUGAUAGUGGAAUUGGGACAGAUAAUAACAGCACAUCAGACAGGGCAGAGAAAUUUUGUGGGCAAAAAAAGAGAAGGCAUUCCUUUGAGCAUGUUUCUCUGAUUCCCCCUGAAACCUCUACAGUUCUAAGCAGUCUUAAAGAAAAACAUAAACACAAAUGUAAGCGCAGGAAUCAUGAUUACCUCAGCUAUGACAAGAUGAAAAGGCAGAAACGAAAACGGAAAAAGAAAUAUCCCCAACUCCGAAAUAGACAGGAUCCAGACUUUAUUGCAGAGCUGGAGGAAUUAAUAAGUCGUCUAAGUGAAAUUCGAAUCACCCAUCGAAGUCAUCAUUUUAUCCCCCGAGACCUCCUGCCCACUAUUUUUCGAAUCAACUUCAAUAGUUUCUAUACACACCCUUCUUUCCCCUUAGAUCCUUUGCACUACAUUCGAAAACCUGACUUAAAAAAGAAGAGAGGGAGACCCCCUAAGAUGAGAGAGGCAAUGGCUGAAAUGCCUUUUAUGCAUAGCCUUAGUUUUCCUCUUUCUAGUACUGGAUUCUAUCCCUCUUAUGGCAUGCCUUACUCUCCCUCACCCCUUACAGCUGCUCCGAUAGGAUUAGGUUACUAUGGAAGGUAUCCCCCCACUCUUUAUCCACCUCCUCCAUCUCCUUCUUUCACUACUCCACUUCCACCUCCUUCCUAUAUGCAUACUGGUCAUUUACUUCUCAAUCCCACCAAAUACCAUAAGAAAAAGCAUAAGCUGCUUCGACAGGAGGCCUUUCUUACAACCAGCAGGACUCCCCUCCUUUCCAUGAGUACCUACCCUAGUGUCCCUCCUGAGAUGGCCUAUGGUUGGAUGGUCGAGCACAAACACAGGCACCGCCAUAAACACAGAGAACACCGUUCUUCUGAGCAACCCCAAGUUUCCAUGGACACUGGCUCUUCCAGAUCUGUCCUGGAGACUUUGAAACGCUAUCGAUUCGGAAAGGAUACUGUUGGAGAACGAUAUAAACAUAAGGAAAAGCACCGGUGUCAUAUAUCCUGCCCUCACAUUUCUCCUUCAAAAAGUUUAAUAAAUAGAGAAGAACAGUGGAUCCAUCGAGAGCCUUCAGAAUCUAGUCCAUUGGCCUUGGGAUUGCAGACACCUUUACAGAUUGACUGUUCAGAAAGUUCUCCAACUUUAUCCCUUGGAGGAUUCACUCCCAACUCUGAUCCAGCCAGCAGUGAUGAACAUACAAACCUUUUCACGAGUGCAAUAGGCAGCUGCAGAGUUUCAAACCCUAACUCCAGUGGCCGGAAGAAAUUAACUGAUAACCCUGGACUGUUUUCUGCACAGGACACUUCACUAAAUCGGCCUCACAGAAAGGAGCCACUGCCUUCCAGUGAAAGGGCAGUACAGAACUUGACAGGUUCCCAAACAACCUCAGAUAAGUCUUCCCAGCGACCAUCAGAGAGUAUGAACUGUAGCCCUACCCGGAAGAGGUCUUCAUCUGAAAGUACUUCUUCAACAGGCAAGUGCUGUUUCUUUAACCAGACUUUAAAGAUAAUUUCUCAUCUGUUACUUGUGAAUAGACUUAAAAUAUAAUAUUUGAAUGGAGUUCCCUCUCGAAGUCCAAGAUUGGUUUCUUCUGGGGAUGACUCUGUGGAUAGUCUGUUGCAGCGGAUGGUACAACAUGAGGACCAAGAGCCCCUGGAGAAAAAUAUUGAUGCUGAGGUUGCAUCUGCCUCUGUGCCACCUUCCUGUAGUCCAGGCCAUAGCCACAGCAAGGAGCGAACCAUGGGAAAACCAGAUGGCCUUCUAGUGCCUGCAGUCCCCAGUGACUCCUGCAGUAAUAACAUCUCACUCCUUUCUGAAAAGUUGCCAAGCAGCUGUUCCCCUCAUCAUAUUAAGAGAAGUAUAGUGGAAGCUAUGCAGCGCCAAGCUCGGAAAAUGUGCAAUUAUGAUAAAAUCUUGGCCACAAAGAAAAACCUGGACCAUGUCAAUAAAAUUUUAAAAGCCAAAAAACUUCAAAGACAAGCCAGGACAGGAAAUAACUUUGUGAAACGCAGACCAGGUCGACCUCGGAAAUGUCCCCUCCAGGCUGUGGUAUCAAUGCAAGCAUUCCAGGCUACUCAGUUUGUUAGCCCAGAAUUGAAUGAAGAUGAGGAAGGAACAGCACUACACCUUGGCCCUGAUACAGUUACAGAUGUCAUUGAAGCUGUUGUUCAGAGUAUAAACCUGAAUUCAGAACAUAAGAAGGGAUUGAAGAGGAAAAGUUGGUUUUUGGAAGAACAGGCCAAGAAAAAGCAAAGGCCAUUCCUAGAACAAGAAGAACAAGAGAACACUAAAUGCUUUACUGAAGCAGCAGUUGAGAUUCCCAGUCCUCCUGAAACCCCAGCCAAACCUCUUGAACCUGAAAGCACCUUGCAACCCGUGCUUUCUCUCAUCCCAAGAGAAAAGAAGGUCCCACGUCCCCCAAAGAAGAAAUAUCAGAAAGCAGGGCUGUAUUCUGAUGUUUACAAAACUACAGACCCAAAGAGCCGAUUGAUUCAAUUAAAGAAAGAAAAGCUGGAAUACUCUCCAGGAGAGCAUGAAUAUGGAUUAUUUCCAGCCCCCAUUCAUGUUGGAAAGUAUCUAAGGCAAAAAAGAAUUGACUUCCAGCUUCCUUAUGACAUCCUUUGGCAGUGGAAACAUAAUCAGCUAUACAAAAAGCCAGAUGUCCCACUAUAUAAAAAAAUUCGUUCAAAUGUCUACGUUGACGUCAAACCCCUUUCUGGUUAUGAGGCUACCACCUGUAACUGUAAGAAGCCAGAUGACGACACCAGGAAGGGCUGUGUGGAUGACUGCCUCAAUAGAAUGAUCUUUGCUGAGUGUUCCCCCAACACUUGCCCCUGUGGUGAGCAGUGUUGUAACCAGAGGAUACAGAGGCAUGAGUGGGUGCAAUGUCUAGAACGGUUUCGAGCUGAGGAAAAAGGUUGGGGAAUCAGAACCAAAGAACCCCUAAAAGCUGGGCAGUUCAUCAUUGAAUACCUAGGAGAGGUUGUCAGCGAACAGGAAUUCAGAAACAGGAUGAUCGAGCAGUAUCAUAAUCAUAGUGACCACUAUUGUCUGAACCUGGAUAGUGGAAUGGUGAUUGACAGUUAUCGCAUGGGAAAUGAGGCUCGAUUCAUCAACCACAGCUGUGACCCAAACUGUGAAAUGCAGAAAUGGUCUGUUAAUGGAGUUUACCGGAUUGGACUAUAUGCUCUUAAAGAUAUGCCAGCUGGUACAGAACUCACUUAUGAUUACAACUUUCAUUCAUUUAAUGUUGAAAAACAGCAACUGUGUAAGUGUGGCUUUGAGAAAUGUCGAGGAAUCAUCGGUGGCAAGAGUCAACGUAUGAAUGGACUCACCAGCAGCAAAAGCAGCCAGCCUAUAGCCACACAUAAAAAGUCUGGACGGUCAAAAGAAAAGAGGAAAUCUAAGCACAAGCUGAAAAAAAGGAGAGGCCACCUCUCUGAGGAACCCAGUGAAAACAUGAACACUCCAACAAGAUUGGCCCCCCAAUUACAAAUGAAGCCCAUGUCCAAUCGAGAGAGGAAUUUUGUAUUAAAGCAUCAUGUGUUCUUGGUCCGAAACUGGGAGAAGAUUCGGCAGAAACAGGAGGAAGUAAAGCACACCAGUGAUAAUAUUCACUCAGCAUCAUUAUAUACCCGCUGGAAUGGCAUCUGCCGAGAUGAUGGGAACAUCAAAUCUGACGUCUUCAUGACCCAGUUCUCCGCUCUGCAGACAGCCCGAUCUGUUCGAACAAGGCGGCUGGCAGCUGCAGAGGAAAACAUAGAAGUGGCUCGAGCAGCCCGCCUCGCUCAGAUCUUCAAAGAGAUCUGUGAUGGUAUCAUCUCUUAUAAAGAUUCUUCCCGACAAGCAUUGGCAGCGCCACUUUUGAACCUCCCCCCAAAGAAGAAGAAUGCUGAUUAUUAUGAGAAGAUAUCUGAUCCCCUAGAUCUUUCUACCAUAGAGAAGCAGAUCCUCAUUGGUUAUUAUAAAACAGUGGAGGCUUUUGAUGCUGACAUGCUCAAAGUCUUUCGGAAUGCUGAGAAGUACUACGGGCGUAAAUCCCCAAUUGGAAGAGAUGUUUGCCGCCUACGAAAAGCCUAUUAUAACGCCCGGCAUGAGGCAUCAGCCCAAAUUGAUGAGAUUGUGGGAGAAACAGCAAGUGAGGCAGACAGCAGUGAGACCUCAGUCUCUGAAAAGGAGAACGGGCAUGAGAAGGAUGAUGAUGUUAUCCGCUGUAUCUGUGGCCUCUACAAGGACGAAGGCCUCAUGAUCCAGUGUGACAAGUGCAUGGUGUGGCAGCACUGUGAUUGCAUGGGAUUGAACUCAGAUGUGGAGCACUACCUUUGUGAGCAGUGUGACCCAAGGCCUGUGGACAGAGAGGUACCCAUGAUUCCUCGGCCCCACUAUGCCCAGCCUGGAUGUGUCUACUUCAUCUGUUUGCUCCGAGAUGACUUGCUUCUUCGUCAAGGUGACUGUGUAUAUCUGAUGAGGGAUAGUCGGCGCACGCCUGAUGGCCACCCAGUCCGUCAGUCCUAUCGACUGUUAUCUCACAUUAACAGAGAUAAACUUGACAUCUUCCGAAUUGAGAAGCUUUGGAAGAAUGAAAAAGAGGAACGGUUUGCCUUUGGCCACCAUUACUUCCGUCCCCAUGAAACCCACCACUCUCCAUCCCGUCGGUUCUACCACAACGAGCUGUUCCGGGUGCCGCUCUACGAGAUCAUUCCCUUGGAGGCCGUCGUGGGGACCUGCUGCGUGCUGGACCUCUACACGUACUGUAAAGGAAGACCCAAAGGAGUGAAGGAGCAAGAUGUGUACAUCUGUGAUUAUCGGCUUGACAAGUCAGCACACCUGUUUUACAAGAUCCACCGGAACCGCUAUCCUGUCUGCACCAAACCCUAUGCCUUUGAUCACUUCCCCAAGAAGCUCACUCCCAAAAGAGAUUUCUCUCCUCAUUAUGUCCCAGACAACUACAAGAGGAACGGAGGACGAUCGUCCUGGAAGUCUGAGCGCUCAAAGCCACCCCUAAAAGACUUGGGCCAGGAGGACGAUGCUCUGCCCUUGAUUGAAGAAGUUCUGGCCAGUCAGGAGCAAGCAGCCAACGAGAUGCCCAGCCUGGAGGAGCCAGAACAGGAAGGGGCCACUGCCGAAGUCAGUGAGGGCGGAAAAAAAACAGAAGAGAGUAGUCAAGAAGCUCAGUCAGCCUGUACCCCUGAAGAACGGCGGCAUAACCAGCGGGAACGACUCAACCAGAUCUUGCUCAAUCUCCUUGACAAAAUCCCUGGAAAAAAUGCCAUCGAUGUGACAUACUUGCUGGAGGAAGGAUCAGGCAGGAAACUGCGAAGGCGUACUCUGUUUAUCCCAGAAAACAGCUUUCGAAAGUGAACCUCAAAGAAUGAGAACCUCAAGCAUCUGAGAUCCAGUGGAGCUAACAGUCCUGCCUCCUGUUCUCUGAGUGUAGACAGGAGUGGGAAGGGUCCAUCCAGCAAGGGGAAUGGGGCCAUGACGUUAACAUUAGGUACUUAAUAAACCUUGGAGCUUGUAGAGAGGAAGAGGAAGGGGAUCUGUCUAACCAGUUCAAUUUAACUUGUUUUCCUCUCCAUGGCUUCAUCCAGAAGGUUAAUAAUAACGUAGGGAGGAAGGCAGAGCACAUUGAGGAUGACCAAAACUUUUUGGUACUUUAUAACACUUGCCCCUCCCCCAGCUUGGGUUUUUCUGUCAUCCUCUGAUCCCACAAGCACUGCUAAGAAGCUGCUUCCUAUACCCAGGUAUAACUCAGAAUCCAAAGGGGUAGGGCCAGGAACCCCACCACCUACCCCAUCUGCUUUCUGUAGGCUCCAAGAGCUAUCCCAGACACCUGAGACAGAAACAGUAGCUGGGGCCUCUUUCCAGAUCCCCGAUGAGGAAAGUUUCUCCUUUCUUGCCCAACAAUGUCAAAGUAAAACAUGAGUUGAUAACUCAAAGCACUUGUAACUGCUGCUCCUCUCCCUACAUCUACUCCCCAAAAUAGAAUCAUGGAAUAGGGAAGGCCCCCAUGGGGUCAGAGGGCACAGUACUUAGAAUUAUCUUCGUUUUAACCUGCCGAACAUAUUUUUUUCUGACGAGGCCAGGCCUCCCCCCAGCACAUGUACAGUUUAUGCACUGUGGUUUGUGUGUGUCUGCUGUGCUGUGCGAAUGAAGAUUCAUUUCAAAAUAAAAUCAUUUUAAAACCUAUAUAAAAAUGAACUCUAACCCCCACCAAACAAAAAUCACUACAAAACUGUUGAACAGUAUUCACCUAUCAGAGUAUUUGUUGUGAGUGUAGAUUAUCAAUUCAAAACACUACUCUUGUUUUCUUAAUUGUACAGUUUUCAAUUUUUAUCUCUUAAAGAGACAGUGUAUUCUCCCUACCCCUAGUUCCAUCUUUCCUCCACCCUCCUGAUCAUCAGGAGGGAUAUCCAGGGUGUUCCUUCCUUCCCAUUCUCUGGGCCAGAAGUUACCAGACAAUAAUGUCUCUUUAAAAAUAAAAUUUAAAAAGCUUUGCUUUGUUGUCUUCUCAGACAUACAUAUGCAUAUAAGUUUUAGAUGUUCUUAUAAGAGAAAAAAUGUUUUUUAAAUGUGCCAAGUUGUAUGUGUAUAUAUGUGUGUGUGUGUGUGUGUGUGUGUGUAUACACACACACAUAUGUGUGUGUAUAUAUAUGUGUGUGUGUGUGUAUAUAUAUAUAUAUAUAUAUCUGCUGCGUGAUUAGCAAGCAAUACAAUAGUAAACCAGUCCUCAUUACUUUUUUCUAAUAUUGGACCAAUGCUGUCCUAAUUGUACAUUUUCCCUUAUGAUGACGACACUCUGACUUGUUUAGGUAGAAACAUUGACCACCUUCCAUUCCAUUGAAUCUUUUUUCCUUUUUCUUCUUUCUGUGUCAAUCUUGAGGAAUAAACAAAAGAGACCGGGGAUGCCAAAGAUCCCCUUGAGCAGAGAAAAAGCAGAAUAAAUAUUUUAUUAAAGAAAAAAGAGAAUUAAGAAAAUAAUUUGGAGUAUUUUCUUACUGUAGAGAAGCACUGUACAUUACUGAGAGACCUGGGUAUAAGAUACUCACGUGUGGAGCUGGAAACAUCGCAUGUCCAAGCCCAUUUGAGUGGUUUCUUUUUUGGUUUUCAUUUCAGGGAGCCGGGGGGGAGGGAGGUGGGGAUAGGGGCACUUUGGGAGUCUCCUUUUAGUCAAAAGCAGGAAAGUUACAAGAAAGAGUUUAAAAUUCAAUAUUUCCUUUAAUAGUGUUAAACACUAAAAUUUUAAAAAAGACAAAAAAAGAAAAAACUUUGUAAUAUGUGUGAACAGAAGCAAAAGACACUACGCUCUGUCAUUUUAUCUUUCUUUUGUUGAAAGACUAAAAACUGAAAUGUUUUUUAGACAAUCAAAUGUUAGGUAAGUGCAAAAACUUGUUUUUUUCUUACUUGUGUAGAGAUUAAUGCCUUUUUUAUUUUUCAGUUAUUUUAUAAUAACGAAAUAAAAAGAUCCCCCUAGCUGCCAGGUGGGUUUUGGUGUUUGAAAUGCGGGGCAAAGCACUACAUCACUGCAAAUAGAUACAGUUAGUCUGCAUGUCUGUAGGCUGUGUGAUUGCGGAAAAUAUAAAUGCUGCUAAUAUAUUUCCUUUUUACAAAAGCAUAUCUAAAUAGAUGAUUGUUUUGAUGUUAAUCUUUGUAAAUUAUGUAUUACCAAUUUUAACAUUGGAUGUAAUUGCAUAAAAAGCUUGCAUCUCAAAUCCUUAAAAGUCUAGUAUUAAAUGGAAAAAACUUUUCCUAACUA